AGCAAAACCCAAACGGGUCGCUGCCGCGCGCGAUCCUGCCCCUUCUUCCCGCCUGCGCCCUCGUCCCCUCCGCCACCGGCCACAAAAAUCCCCAGACUUUUCAAAAGCCAAGAUCGUCCCACCUCCCUCCAAUCCCCAUCUCCUUCCUCUGGCGCGACCGAGGGUAUCGUCCAUCGAUGGCAGCAAUGGGCGUGGGCGGAGCGGUGAAGAUGAUCAUCGGGGCGAAGGAGGAGCGGGUGGUGGCCACGGGCAAGGCGCCCGGCGCGUGCCCGUCCUGCGGCGGCCCCGUGGUGGCCACCGACGUGGAGAGCGAGCGGCGCAUCCUCUGCCUCCCGCUGUGCCUCAAGAGCAAGCGCAAGUACUCCUGCACCCGGUGCUUCCGCCGCCUCGUCACCGUCUACAGCUAGUCGCUCCUCAAGCCUAUCCUCCUGCCGAUCCAUCCAUCCAUCGAUCAACUAGCGUGCGGAGUUCUUUGGUUCUUACUCCCUCCGUUCCAAAAUAGAUGACCCAACUUUGUAC